AGAGAGAGAGAGAGAGAGAAAGAGAGAGAGUAAUUUUGCGUUUUGUUACCGGUUUUGCCCUUGAGAGAUGGGGGGAAUUACGGCGAGGUACAAGAGGGCGACCGCGGCGCUGGACGAGAGGGCGCGGGCGAGGCUCUGGGGGCGAUCGGGGAGCGAGUCGUCGGCGUCGUCUUCGGAGGCCGACUCGGCCGAGUUGGCCGACCUGGUCGACUCGUUCUACGACGCGGCGGCGGAGAGGGGAGGGAGCGGAGACGACGAGAUCAUCGAGCCCGAGUGGGACUCGGAGACGAACUGCGGGGGACGCGUCGGCCGAGACUGGACUCGGGCGUUGGAGGCCGCGCUGGGCGAGUCGGAGGACGACUCGGUCGCGGAUCGGAUCCGGGUCGAGGUGGAGAGGGCCAUUAAGCUGGCCGGGUCGAGCUCGGAUGGGUUCAGGAGACGGGUUGUGACUCGGCUCCGUAACAAGGGUUUCAACGCCGGGGUGUGCAAGUCCUCCUGGGAAAGAUCCGGCAGCUUGCCCGCGGGCUCACACGAGUACAUCGACGUGAUCACGAGAGGCGACGGCACGGCCCGAUACAUUGUGGAGAUCAACAUUGCCGCCGAGUUUGAAAUCGCAAGGCCGAGCACAGCCUACCUGAAGCUCCUCCAAACACUCCCGGCGGUGCUCGUCGCGAAGCCGGAGCAUCUGAAGGAAGUCGUGAGAGUAAUGUGCGCGGCGGCGACGGAGUCCAUAAAGAGCGCAGGCAUGCACGUGCCCCCGUGGAGAAGGAAGAAGUACAUGCUCGCGAAGUGGUUUAGCUCCCAUACAAGAGCGACCGCCGGAAACACGGCGGAGAAAGAUGAGGAAUAUAGCAGAGGAGGACGAACGGCAGCCCAACGGCCCGGAGUUCCGUCGGACUGGAGAUUCUGUAGAAUGGACAUUGGGUGGGGCGCAAACCUAGUAGUCAGGGAGAAGUCGGCGAUGACAAUAUACGAAAAGACGGACUUUUAACAUGUAAGCUGACCAAAUUCAAUACAACUUUCUUUUGACAUUUUGAUACUGAAAAUAAGUUCGGGAAAGGGUUGCUCAUCGUUUUACAUGGUUAGAGUCGUAAUUGUAGAUAAAAAGGUUUUUCCCUUUUUCCCUUAUUUUCAUUUUUAUUAUGUUUUAAGCCGAAACACUAGCAAAUCUUGUUAUUUGAAUCU